AUGGAUCGAUCCGUUGACAUCUUAUUACCACAUCACAGCACAGACACGCACAAUACAUGCAGACAUACAUGGCUUACAAUACAGUGUUGGCUUCAGCAUCAUGCGUUCACAGCAGCGGCGGGCGCAGGGGGCGUCGUCAGGUCGCAGCCAGCCUACCAGCCCGCGCCGGACUACUGGGACUCGCAUUUGGCCAUGCAGGCAGGCGGGGUCGUGCACACGGCGGGGCAGAACUUCCCCUUCGGGCAGGGCACACACCCACAGCGCGCAAUGCACGUCGCUAGCCCGUCAUCCGUCGGCUGCCCCGAUGUGGCCGGGGCCAGCGCGGCGGUGCAGAGGGCGGCCAGGAGCAUGACGGCGACGAAUUUGAGGGCGGGAGAAGCCAUGAGAUGA